AUGCUACUCGACGUCUUCCUUCCUGCUCGUCUCAUCCAUCUCCUCUCCCUCAUUCUCCUCCUCGCCUUCUUCCCUCCUCCUGCUCUCAUUUGUCAUCCGCAUUUGUCUGAGCCAUGUCAGCAGUUGCUGACGUGCACUGGGCAUUUGCGCAUGGUGUUUGUGGUGUUGGGAAUGGUGUGGUGGAGCUUGCCCAUGUCAAUAUCCCACUGUCACGAAGAAGCCGCCGACAUUCCACCACCGCUCUCAACUGCCGCAAUUCAUCAGCAGAAUUGCAAAUUCCCUACUCGAGCCAUGGCUCAGGCCAGAGCCGGGCCAAAGCCAGCCGUCAUUUGUGGCUUUGGCCCGGCUUGGAUUUUUUGCAGGCCAGAGCCGUCUGAAGCCAGGCCAAAGCUGCGGCUUUUGGGCCAAGCCGGGCCGGAACAUCACUAG